AUGAAGCACAUCUCCCUCUCGUCAUCCACCGAACUUGCCGAGAUCGUUAUCUCCGUCACGCCGUUCAGGACACCGAGUUCACCGAGAUCACCAUCUCCAUCGUGUCGUUCAGUCCACCAAGCUCACCGCGUUCAGUCCACCGAACUCGCCUCGUUCGCCAAAAUUUAUUCUCUCCCUCUGAAAACGAACCAAGCUCAAGCACUAAUUUGA